UUGUAUAGGUUUUUGUAGGCAAACACAUACAUGAACUGAAUCUCAAAACAAAAUCACACAGAUCUUUUUUUUUGGAACAGAUUUUUGGCCAUAGCGGGAGCUGCAGAACAGUACGGAAAAUCGCAUCAAUGGGAGAUGCAAACAAGGCCAGCGCAGAGCCGAGCGCCAACAAGCCCAAGGCGAAGCCCAAGGGCAAGCUGAUGUCGUCCAAGCCGAGGAAGGGCAGCGUGCUCAGCGCCAUUGAGGACAUACAGCGCAUGUCGCCGGAGGCCAUUUGCCAGGAGUUCGAUCGCCUGGUGGACCACACACAGCGGCACUUCGAUCGCGAGGCCCACAUGCCCUGCACGGCGUUCGCAUCGCAGUUGCAGCGCUGCCUGGAGCAGCAUCGACGUGAGUCGUUCAAGUGCUUCGUCGCCAUGGAGGACUACAGGCUGUGCGUGAGUGCGGCCACCCAGGAGCACAUCGAUCAGUUGGCCCAGCAGAAGCAGGAGCAGGAUGCCGCACGCCGCAAGCACCGGCCGCAGGAGCACCAGCAGGAGCAGCCACCGCUGCAUGCGUUGCCAGUGGUGCCGCCCCAAAUUGUGGGCGUGGAAGCGCUCCAAACUGGCAGCAAGGAGCCACGCCGACGCCACUGGUACAAGCCAUGGUCCUGGCUGCGCUAAGGCCUCGUGCGCCACCAGCACCACCAGCAUCCACAAGUUUCAGACGACGACGACGACGCCACAGAUACAAAAUUGCAGGCAGCAGAGCUCCAAGGUUUCGGCUCAGCUGCCCACCAUUUGCCGAACGGCUUCGUAUAAAUUGUUUUACUAAUUAAAGGCAACGACUUGAA